AUGUCAGAAAUUUCAUGUAAGGACAGGCAGCGUUUUACUGGCAAACUGUCUGUUACCAACUGCAGACAUCUCCGGUGCGGUGCCGUGCCGGCAACGUUAAGGGCUCGGAGUGAUUUGGUUUGGUUUAGAGGGUUUUUCUAUGUUGAAAAUCUAGGGACUGAGAAUUAUGCUUCUAUAGUACACGCACUCCCUUUUGUUCUGCCAUUGAGAGUAGUAGACUAUACUAAAAACAAAGCCUCCUUCGACUUGCUUCUCUAUAGAGUAUUGACACCUAAUCCAGAGGAACCCUCUGGUUACUAA